AUGUCUGUUCAGAAACUGACAUUGAUGAUCAAAGUGUUGAUCUUCCAUGUUGUUCUUUGUUCAUCUUUACAUGUCUGUUUUGCAGCAAUCGUUAAUAGAUCCACUCUCCAUCCAACGGCUGUUAAUAGUUUUGGCUCAUCUGUUUAUCUUCCUGUUUCUGGCAAUGUCUAUCCUCUUGGGUAUUAUUAUGUGACAGCUGAGAUUGGCAACCCGCCUAAGCAAUUUCAGCUCGAUAUCGAUACCGGCAGCGACCUCGCUUGGGUCCAGUGUGAUGCUCCUUGUGUUGGCUGCACCCUGCCUCGCGACCGGCGUUACAAACCAGAGAAGAACAAUUACGUGCUUUGCAAGGAACCCAUAUGUGCCGCUGUCCACUCUCCGAAUCCACCUCCAUGCAAGAACCCUACUGACAAAUGCAGCUUCCAGGUUGAAUAUGCCGAUCAAGUUUCGGUUUCCGGCGUUGUCGUCUCGGAUACCUUCCCCCUACGUCUCGUCAAUGGAACAAUUUCCCGUCCUCCUUUGGCCUUCGGUUGUGGAUACGGUAUACGUAGCAGUGGUACUCACCCUCCUCCUCCCACCGCCGGAGUCAUCAGACUUAGCAGGAGUAAACCGAGCAUCUCGGCACAAUUGAGUACCAUGGGAGUAGCAGAAAACAUUCUGGGCCAUUGCUUCAAUGAUAAAGGAGGGUACAUGUUCUUUGGAGCUGAUUUCAUCCCUAAAUCCGGAAUGACUUGGACACCUAUGCCACAAAGUUCAUCCGAUAAACAUUAUUCAUUAGGUCCAGCGGAAGUACUGUUCAAUGGGAAGCCUACUGGCAUCAAGGGCCUUCAUGUUAUCUUCGACACCGGAUCGACCUACACGUACUUGAAUUCGAGAGUUUAUGGAUCCGUGCUUAAUGAGAUAAGGAAAGAUCUGAGCGGAAAGCCAGUACAAGAGGUGAAAGAUAGAGCACUUCCAAUCUGCUGGAAAGGCAGCAGGCCGUUCAGAUCCGUGGCCGAUGUUCAGAACUAUUUCGGAACAUUGGCAUUGAGUUUUAUAGGUAACAUUCAGCUACAACUAUCACCCCAAGCUUAUCUCGUCAUCACUGAACAAGGGAAUGUUUGCCUGGGGAUUUUGAAUGGCACUGAAGUGGGACUAGGAACAGUCAAUGUCAUUGGAGAUAUUUCACUGCAAGGCACAGUGAUGAUAUACGAUAACGCGAAUCAGAGGAUCGGAUGGGCUUAUGAGGAUUGUACUCCCAAGUUUGGCUGAUUUUUCUAAUCUUCUCUUGUAAUAUGCUAUACGAACUUUUAUGCCAAUAAAUUAAAUAAAU